AGUCUGUCCGCGGGCGUCCGUCAAGCAGACUUCUCCGGCUCUCUUUCUCCCUCCCUUCGUCCCUACCCUCCCUCGUCGUCGGUCUCUCGAGGGCCUCGCGGAAGACACAUGUCGUCGGCUGGUGGUGCAGCUGCUACCGGCUAAACCCGCGUAACCGUGCAACGCCGUUAACGUUAAUUAGCCGACGUUUCUCCUAGUCCGAUAUACCGCGUCGCGUCGCGUGUGCCGCUUCCUCGGUUAUUGUUAUUAUUUUUUAAAUUUUUGUUUCGUCUUACGUCUUUUUCGCGCGAAAUCGGUUCUCAUAUAUGAAAGUGACUCGACGCGGUGACAGAGUGCUUGCAGUGCGGCCAGUGACACGCCAGACCAGCGGACAGGAUGUGGUCGACGGGGCUUCUCUGGGCGAUCCUCCUCGUCGGGCUCGCGAUCGUCGGUUCGCCAACCCGGCACGUCGCCGACGGCUUCAACGUCGAGACGAAGCACUACGCGGUGUAUCGCAUGGAGGACAGGUCCAUGUUCGGAUUCGCCGUGUCCACGUAUCGUGACAGAUAUGCCCGCGGAUGGGUGAUCGUGGGCGCACCAGAGGCUGAAACUGCACAGACUGGCGUCUACCGAGGAGGCGCAGUCUAUAAAUGCGAUAUCGCGGUUGAUGAUAGAUGCAGCAUCAUCCAUUUCGACGAUCAAGGGAGUAAUCACGUCAGAACUCCAAAUGUCCCUAGCGGCUUAUUGCAAAUCGACAACAAAACGCUGCAGUGGCUCGGCGCCACGGUCUCAGCUUCUAGCAAGGACGGAGGCCCGAUUAUGGCGUGCGCGCCCAGGUACAUCUGGUUCUCGAUGUCGCACCCAAAGUACGAUGACAGUAAGUGGAACAAGGGAGUCUCGGCGGGCAGCAGAAGAGACCCGGUGGGCACAUGCUGGGUCGUCGAUAAUAACUUGAGUCAGUCGCAGGAAUACUCGCCUUGUCGCUCGAAGAACUGGGGCUAUCACAGGCAGGGUUCUUGUCAGGCUGGUUUAGCAGGCGUGAUAUCUAAGAAUGGCGAGAGACUCUUCAUAGGCGCACCAGGCAGUUAUUACUGGCAAGGUCAGAUAUACUCGAUCGCCACCUCCAUGAGGUUGAAGUUCGUGGCGACGAUGUUCAUCGAAUCCGAAGCAUCAGGACAAGCGUUUUCGCAGCCCUUGACUGACCAAUUGAAACUCAUGGUCACCAAAGAGGGUCCCGCUUCGGAAGACGAUAGUUAUAUGGGUUAUUCCGUCACGACAGGAGAUUUCGUUGGAAAUGGAGAUAGUGGUACCGCGGUUGGCGUCCCGCGCGGUUCUGAUCUUCUGGGCAAGGUCAUACUUUUCACAUCGAACAUGACAAAUCCUCGAAAUCUUACUGGUGAACAAAUGGGUGCUUACUUCGGUUACGCCUUGGCUGCCGGCGAUAUAGACGGAGAUGGGAUGGAUGACCUGAUAGUCGGUGCACCCAUGUAUACAGUCCCAGAAAAUCCGGAAAUGACCAUCGAAACCGGAAGAAUCUACGUUAUCUAUCAGGGCAAAGGCGUGGAGAAAUUCCGCAAAUUCGACACAAGGGACGGCGAAAGCAACCGCGGACGUUUCGGCUUGUCGCUGGCCUCCCUGGGUGACAUCGACCGUGACGGUUACGGUGACUUUGUCGUCGGCGCGCCCUACGCUGGUCCGAACGGUCGCGGUGCCGUCUACAUCUAUCACGGCUCACAGAACGGAGUACUGGAGAAGUAUUCUCAGGUGAUCUACGCGGAGGACCUGGACAAUCCGGUGCAGACCUUCGGAUUCUCCGUGGCUGGUGGCCUUGACCUCGAUGGCAAUGUUUAUCCAGACUUAGUAGUCGGAGCAUACGAGUCGGGAGCAACGAUGUUUUUCAGAUCACGACCGGUGAUCAAGAUGGACUCCCACGUGACCUUCGACACCAAAUCCAAGUUGAUCUCCUUGGAAAACAGAACUUGCACGCUUUCGGACAGCACCAGGGUCACGUGUUUUCCGCUUAGGGCUUGCUUCAGAUAUGCAGGAGUGGGCGUUCUCAUGAAGCACAAUUUUAAUAUACAGUACGUACUCGACGUGAAGAAAACGAAGAAUCCGAGAUUGUUCUUCCUGGAGUUGGAAGGCAGGAACACGAUGAAUCAUACGAUCACGGUCGAACGUGAGCAGCAGUUCUGCCGCACAGUCCAGGUCUACGUGACUCCUAACAUUCGCGACAAGCUAACGUCGUUGGACGCCGAGAUGCGUAUGAGUCUAGAGGAAGAGCGGAUACCGGAUAAUCGCCAACGUGAUCCCAGAAUGCCAUUGAGACCGGUCCUUGGCGCUACAACCUCCACGAAAGACAGUCUCUCUAUCAGAAAGAACUGCGGUCCCGACAACAUUUGUAUACCCGACUUACAGCUCAUAGUGGAGUCCAACGUUGACAAAUACCUGCUAGGAUCUGGCAAAAGGUUGGAACUCGAAGUCCAGGUUCACAACGCGGGCGAGGACGCCUUCGAGGCGACGUACAAUCUGCAGCUACCGGCCGGUAUUGAUUACAUCAAGAUCGAACGCAUCGAGACCAUGGAGAUUCCGGUUCACUGUUCCGCGCCCAAACAAUCGAACAACAAUACUUUACGCUGUGAUAUCGGAAAUCCACUGCCACAGAGAAAACUGGUGAAGUUCAAGGUGUUACUUCAGCCUGUGACGUCUCACGGGAUGAAACCUGUCUACGAAUUUGAUAUGCAUGUCAACACCACGAACCCCGAAAAUCCCAACACUGUCUAUGAUAACAAGAUAUAUUUGCCACUGCCGAUUUGGAUAGAGACAGAUUUGCGCGUGGACGGUGAGAGUAAGCCCAAGGAUCUGUAUUAUAAUCCUGACAAUUACACUGCCGUAAAUAUUACAACGGAGCUCGAAUUGGGACCAGCGGUGACGCACAAUUAUACGAUUCGCAAUCAAGGCCCGUCGGAUAUCGUCGAGGCAGAGGCGUUCCUCGUAUGGCCCGCGCAGACUUUAUCCGGGAAGAUACUGAUGUACUUACUGGAACAACCGGAGACGGCGGGGCCGAUCGCUUGUGAGUCUGCCAACGCUAAUUAUCUCAGUUUGAAGUUGGAUCAGCGCAGAAGAGCGCACCUAAAUUAUCUCGAUUACUCCGGCGUAAUCCUGGACGAGUCGCAAUCGGGCAGAACAAUUAAUGUUCAGAGAGGCUUCGAGAUAGAUCGUAAUAAAGUGAAUCAGAAGGAAGAGGCCGAGAUCAGUAGUGGCGACAGUUCGAAUAUUCAGAAAUCACGACACUCCUCGUCGUCAUCGUCUUCCUCCUCUUCUUCCAGUGUUAGCGAAUCUAGGAGGAUUCAGCUAAACCCAACGGGAGAGAAGCCCGAAGUGCUCACCACGACGUACACGCACAACUCUUCCGGAACUAGCUCGAUCGGUAGCGGUGAUUCAUCCAGCAAUCGCGGCAGUGUCGUUUUUCAUACGGAAUCGAGCGGUAGUUAUGGUUCGACUUUAGGCAGGGGAUUCCAUGAAUCUGAAGAGGAAACCUUUGGCUCGAGGUUGCCCCCUCUCGAACACUCCUACGGAGCUCGUACGGAUCAAUCCGUCAGGGUGGAAAAUCGUUGGAAAGAGAGCAGUGAAGCGCAAGGACAUACGAUCUCACCUCCAGGAAGAUACGAUUCAGUUGUGACUGAGAGCGAGAGGCGAUACCAGGAUUUGCUGAGACAGCAGGAGGAGGCUCGUCUGCGUCAGGAGGAGGAGACCCGACAGAGGAAGCUGCAGGAGGAGGCUCGUCUGCGUCAAGAGGAGGAGACCCGACAGAGGAAGCUGCAGGAGGAGGCGCUUAUACAGCGUCAGCAAGAGGAACGUAACUUAGCUCUGCAACGUCAUCGGGAGGAGUUAGAGCGACGUCGACUGGAAGAUGAACGGAACAAAGAGGAAUGGCGAAGACAAGAGGAAAGACGGCAAGAAGAGAGAGAACAUAGAUACAAUUACGACGAGGAAAGGCGCUACGGAGUGACUACGGGUGAUUAUCGAACUACGGAAGAUGAUUUCAUUACUGGUGAUCGCGAGGAGACGGUCGGAAGUCGAGAAUUUGGUUUGCACAAUAUCAGCUCUACGCAAGAAUUGGAGCGAAUUUUUGGUACGUUGUCGAAAGACGCAGCUGCUUACCAAAUAUACAACAGACAGGGACAUCAGUAUGUGCAAUUCAAGGCGAGAUUCAGAACAUCCGCCGAUAAGAGGGAGUACAUAGAGUUCCAGGAUGGCUCUAUGAUUCCCCUUCAGGAUCGUUACGGUGAGCAAAGCUACAUCUCUCCGGAAUCCACGGAACCUCGCGACGCUCAAUUCCUCGGGAUUGAAGGUCAGUUACUUAUUGCUCCGGAUGGGAAGGGUUACAUUGUGUUGAAGGACGGCCGAAGAUUUCCACUUCAGGGUUCUUUCACGCACACCGAGGAAAGAACGUACACUUUGCGUGGUCCGCACGAUGGCUAUCAAGGUGGCAACGCUGAUAAUCAAGGUCAGGGAACUUACAGUCAAUCUUGGCACGAGAAAUCAUCGAGUGUCGGUACAACUUCGGACGGAGGUUACGAAAGCAGAUAUAAUACUCGUACACAUGAAGAGAGACUGACGGAACAGAGAACGAGUAACACCAGGAUCUACGGAAAAAACCGUGAUCGAUUUAACGACGAGUUCCCCACUGACAGACCGGACCCCAGUUUUCCGAGUUCGAGAUAUACGCGAGAUAAACGCGAGAGCGAUAUGGUCGACGUUGAGGAGUUCAAGAAACUCGAGUGGCUUCACAGACAUCGGCGAGAUCUCGGCGAGACGGACGACGUGUCGGACGCAACGACGUUCCAGGAUGACGAUUACUAUCAGGAGAACGAUCCCGAGUCGUCGCAGAGUACACCCGUAGGGCCGUGCGACGCAGCGAAAUGCGUUAUGUUGCGAUGCGUGUUGGGCCCAUUGAAAAAAGAUCAAGAGGUCUGGAUCAGCGCGAGAUAUCGCGUGGACGCUAGAACUUUGAAGGAGGUAGCCCUUGAAGAGAAAGUGAAGGUAUCGACGAAGCUGGUGGCGCGUGUCACGAAGCAACCGUUCAUCGGUAAGCCUGUCGAACAGGUCAUCAGGAGCGACGAAGUCAUGACGAACGUCGAACCCAGCGCGGCGCCUUCUGCUCCGGACAUGAUUCCAAUAUGGGUGGUGGUCUUGUCAGCUUGCGCGGGAAUGAUAAUCCUCUUGCUGCUUAUUUAUUUGCUUUACAAGUGCGGUUUCUUCAAGAGGAACAGACCGUCCGAUGCUCCAGAGAGGCAACCGUUGAAUCGAAACGGUCACUUCCAACAAGGCGAGGAUCAUUAAACGAGGAUCAUCACUGUCCACUAUUGUUCUGUCGAAACUUUCGAUUUUCUGGUUGCCAGAUCGAAUCGUAAGCGAGUUAGAAAUUUCGAUUAUGCAGUCCAUGAAAAAAAAACGCCUUAAUCUUCGGAUAAUCGAGGGAACGCGCGUUGAAUGGAUGAUUCGCUUGGUGUAGUCUGCGGACACAGUUUCGACUUCUGCCGAAUAUCUCGUUAGCGUUCAACAGUGCCUUAAUCCGUGUCUAGGGCAAGGCGAGCAUCUGCCGAGGUGCACUGAAACGUUGGUUUUGGGUGACGAUCGAUUCGUCACUCGUAUACUGCCGUCGAAUACUCCUUCCAGCUCCUGCAGCUCGACCACGCAAGUUUCUAGUCAGGAGACGUUCUUCUUUUUUUUUUAUUAUUACUUGUAAUUACUUAAGCCGCGCGUACAGUCGGCAGAUACGACCGAAUAUCUCGACAUUCUUCGACGAAUCGUAUCUUCGUGUAAAUAAGUAAUAUAUGUAUGUUAUUUUUUUUUAUACCGUUAUCCGCGGUAGAACGCCUUGAUACGUGCCUCGUCGCUUUCGCUGUCUUUUUACGAUAGAGUACAAUUAUAAUUAUUUUUUUACCAGCGGUACGAAUUCUAAAACGAUUUCGUAUCUCGCCGAUGAUUCUCUUAUUGUUAAUGGGGCUCGUUCGGCACCGAAAAAUUCAUCAUAGAUAAUCUUUCCUUUUAGAGCUCCUUUCACACGAGCAGUUGAUGACCGAGUAUUGCGUCUUGAAUGUUAAAUCACAUCAUAAAAAAUUUCUUCAGACGUCUUUUAGUCUUCUGCAAUUUCAUAUUUCAGAUGAUGCUUUAUUAGCAUAUCGAAUUUAGACCCAUGUGAAAGGGGUCUAAAUAUCCCUGAAGAGCGAUUUAAACUCGCACGGAAUUUUUUAAUUAUUUAUUUUAAAUUUUUAUGUUAUAUAUACAUAAUACCGUAACGUAUGCUUGAGCGCUGUAACAAUAGCGUGAUGCAUUGUCUCGCGCGCAAGGUGAAUGUGUGUAUAAUCUGUAAAUUAUUAAUUUACGUUACUAAAAACUGCCCACGAAAAGUGGUUUAACGCAAUAAUAUUUUAAUUAGAAAAGAUUUAUAUCUUUCUAAUAUAAGUAGGAAGCUAGAACUGACUUGUACAUACUACAUUAAGAUAUAAUAUUAAAAAAAAAAACAAAAUAUAUAUAUACACGUAAUGAAAUUAA